UAGUCUUCGAUGAAGUUGAGUGAACGUCCAUGAACUUAUAAGUGUUGUUUUGAUUAACUGUGGUCUAAAUUACAGUCUGCUUGCGCACGGUGAUGAGUUAGUUUGCAUCCGUGGGCUGCGGAGCUGUGACAUUAUUGUUUUUAUUACAUAUUUGGCUUUCCCCGCAGCUUUAAUGAAGGCAAGCAGCAGAGUUAUGGUGCAGGUGCUGUUGUUGGCAUUGCUGGCUCAGGUCACUCUGUGCCAGCACUGGUCCUAUGGAUGGCUACCAGGUGGAAAGAGAAGCGUGGGAGAGCUCGAGGCAACCAUCAGGAUGAUGGGCACCGGAGGAGUGGUGUCGCUUCCUGAAGAGGCGAGUGCCCAAACCCAGGAGAGGCUCAGGCCGCACAAUAUCAAUGAUGGCUCCAGCCAUUUUGACAGAAACAAAAGGUUCCUGAAUAAAUAAAGGAGCAUCAAAAAGAAGACAAACUGCAUUAUAAUCAACGCCAUGGACUGCCUACUCUGACUUCAGAUUUUUUUCUUGUUUUCAACACAUAAAAUGUCUUUAAUGUCAUUAUAAAUCAAUUAUAAUAAACGUUUCAACCCUGA